AUGGUUAGAGACUGUGCUACUGCUUUGGAGUACUUGAAGACUUUCGAGGAAAAAGAUGGGUUGUCUGUUGAGCAAUUGAUGGACUCAAAGACCAGAGGUGGAUUGACUUAUAAUGAUUUUUUGAUUCUACCAGGUAAGAUUGGCUUCCCAUCUUCCGCUGUCACAUUGCAAACCAAAUUGACCAAGAAGAUCACCUUGAAUGCACCAUUUGUGUCCUCUCCCAUGGAUACCGUCACGGAGUCCGAUAUGGCUAUUCAUGUUGCAUUAUUAGGUGGUAUUGGUAUUGUUCACCAUAACUGUAGCCCAGAAGACCAGGCUGCAAUGGUUAAAAAAGUUAAGAAAUACGAAAAUGGUUUUAUUAACUCUCCAGUGGUUAUCCCUGCUAGUGCUACCGUUGGCCAGGCUAAGGCUAUGAGGCAAAAAUUUGGAUUUGCUGGUUUCCCAGUGACAGAAAAUGGUCAACUUUACUCUAAAUUGAUUGGUAUUGUGACUUCUCGUGAUAUUCAGUUUGUUGAGGAUGACAGCUUGCCAAUUUCCGAGAUUAUGACUAAGGAAGUUGUUACCGGUGCUCAAGGCAUUACUCUAGCUAAAGGUAACGAUAUCUUGAAGGAGACUAAGAAGGGUAAACUUCCAAUUGUCGACAGUGAAGGUAACAUUGUUUCUAUGUUGUCUAGAAGCGAUCUAAUGAAGAACCAAACCUUCCCAUUGGCUUCUAAAUCCUUCGCUACUAAGCAAUUGUUGUGUGGUGCCUCCAUCGGUACUAUGCCAUCUGAUAGAGAAAGAUUGAAACUAUUGGUCGAAGCUGGUUUGGACGUUGUCGUCUUGGACUCUUCUCAAGGUAACUCUAUCUUCCAGUUGGAUCUAAUUAAGUGGAUCAAGCAGACCUUUCCAGAUUUGGAAGUCAUUGCUGGUAACGUUUGUACCAGAGAACAAGCUGCCAGCUUGAUCGCCGCUGGUGCUGAUGGUCUAAGAAUCGGUAUGGGUACUGGUUCCAUCUGUAUCACUCAAGAAGUUAUGGCCUGUGGUAGACCUCAAGGUACUGCCGUUUACAACGUCAGUAAAUUUGCCAACGAGUUCGGUGUCCCAUGUAUCGCCGAUGGUGGUAUCCAAAACAUUGGUCACUUAGUGAAGGCCUUGGCUUUGGGUGCUUCCACCUGUAUGAUGGGUGGUAUGUUGGCUGGUACCACUGAAUCUCCAGGUGAAUACUUCUACAGAGAUGGUAAGAGAUUAAAGACUUACCGUGGUAUGGGUUCUAUCGAUGCUAUGCAAAAAACUGGCGGCAAGGAUAACGCGGCUACUUCUCGUUACUUCUCAGAGGCUGACCAUGUGCUAGUCGCCCAAGGUGUCUCUGGUGCUGUCGUUGACAAGGGUUCCGUUAAGAAGUUUAUUCCAUACCUAUACAAUGGUCUACAACACUCUUUGCAAGAUAUUGGUGUCCAAUCUUUGGAAGAAUUCAACGAAAGUGUUGAUGCCGGUAAUAUUAGAUUUGAGUUCAGAACUGCUUCCGCUCAAUUGGAAGGUGGUAUCAACAACAUGCACUCCUACGAAAAGCGUCUACACGAUUAA